AUGGCUCAUCAGAUCGCCGAAGAAAUGACGGCUAUGGAAAGAUGUUUGUUAUCUUUUAAUGAAACGUGGCCUAUAAACUUUUUAAGACCAUAUGAUAUGGCCCGAGCAGGAUUUUUUUACUCAGGCGUUAAUGAUGAAGUAGAAUGUCAUGUAUGUGGUAUAGAAUUUUAUGACUGGAAACAUGGUGAUGAUCCGUUACAACUACAUACUCGUUACUUCAUGCAUUGUCCAUUUAUUAAAGAAAUUUUGGCUUCAGUUGAUGGUCGUUUGAGAACAUUUAAUAACUGGCCUCUUAUUUUCUUAAGACCACGUGAAAUGGUUGAUGCUGGUUUUUUUUACACAGGCAAACAAGAUGAAGUAAGAUGUACUGAAUGCUUUUUAAAUGUUAAUGCAUGGAAAGAUGGUGAUGUUCCAUUAGUUGAACAUCGUAAGCAGUCUAGAUUUUGUACAUUAAUUCAAGGAUUUGGAGACAUAUAUGUGACAUGUGGUCUGUACAAUUCUUCUGUUGCUGAUGUCAUGUUUUACAAACGUGAGAAAAAUAUUGAAACUUGGUUACAUUUAGAGGGUAUUAUGCAAAGACUAAAACCUUUUGGUGGAAACAAAAUGAUCUCCUUUGAUGCACGCUUGAAAACAUUUGAUAACUGUCCGAGAACAUUGAAACAAGAUAUUAAUACUCUAUGCAAAGCUGGAUUUUUUUAUUCUGGCAAUGGUCAAACUGAUUUUAUGACUUGUUUUUUUUGUGCUAUAACUUUAAGAAACUGGACUGAUAACGAUGAACCAUGGGCAGAACAUGCCAAAUGGUCUGACAAGUGUGGACAUCUGUUUUUAACUAAAGGCAAAAACUUUGUGGACGCAAAACAAGAAAAAACUUACGUUCUCAAUAAUAAAAUGAAAAUACAGAUGACAAAAAAACAUGUUCAUGGGGUACAACUUACUAAAACUUUAUUUUUCAAAAAACAGCAUCAUCUUUCUGAAAUAUUAGAUUCUAGUUCUGUGCUAGAUUGUAUGUUAUGCAAGAUUUGUUAUAAAGAAAAAAUUAAAGUGGUUUUUGUUCCUUGUGGUCAUGCAAUUGCUUGCAUUGAAUGCGCUUUAAAUAUAAAUUAUUGCGCUAUAUGCAGAUAUCCAUUCCACAACUUAAUGAGAGUUUAUUUAUGUACAAAUGAAGAAAAUUAUGAAAACUCGCAAUUAGCAUCGUCCAGUUCUAAUAUGUCUUCCAGCAACACAUUAAACCCGAUGCUUUGCCAAAUUUGUUUUAAAGAAGAAAUGAGAGCAGUAUUAUUGCCCUGUAGACAUGUUUAUUCCUGUAGUAAAUGUGCUGAAGAAAUAAGCUUGUGUUCUGUGUGUAGAAGAGAUGUAUUUUCCUUAAUUAAAUUAUACUUCUAA